AUGGGCUGCGCAAAGAUAUCCAUCAGCCUUUUGAUCCGGAAGCUGUUUACCGGACGCCUCUUCGAGUACACAUCGAUUAUUCUAGCGCUCUUCACCUCCGGAUGGACGAUUAGCGGGAUCCUCGUCACUGCUUUCCAGUGCCGGUUGCCGAACCCCUGGGACAUCUUGAAGAGGGAUCACUGCAUCGACAUCGCAGCCUUUGGCAACUUCCUUGCAUCGAUCAACAUAGCGACGGAGGUUCUUCUUGUUCUGGUCCCGCUCGCUGUCUGGACAAGAGGCACCUCGGUCGGAAACCGACUCUACGUGUCCGCCACAUUCUUCUCGCGGCUGAGCAUCAUUGCAGCAGUAAGCGCACAGCUCUACUAUUUCAACGCAUCCACCUCCUCCUCCCCAACACCCGAUAGCUGGAACACCACACUCUGCAUGCAAAUCGCCCAGACCCUCUCCGUCGCAAGCGCAUGCCUACCAGGACUGCACCCCCUGGUGGCAAAAGACAUGAGCUGCACGGCAUCAUCCCUCUACGCACAAACAGACCCCGCAAAGCGCUGGGACGUGAAGAAAUUCGGCUCCCUAUCAUCCCACUCCUCGCACCCGAGCACAGAUCCCUCCGCCGCAUUCGAGCCCGUAACGUCGCCCUAUUGCCGCCCCCUCGCAACCCACGGUCUCGUCCGUUCACCGCCUAGCUGCGACGCCUACUUUUCCCCGUUGGUUUUCGCAAGCACCACCCCAGCCGCGCCAAACAAUGUUUUUAACCGCCUAGUAGGCGCCUCCGACGCACCCUCCACCUCACCAUUCAUCGACCAAGAUCCCCUAGGCAUCCCCAACAACGCCCACCAGCUCGGAUACCUACCGUCGACCCCGGACUGGGAAGAAGACGAAGAAUCUGGAACAACGAGACCCCAGCGACGCCCGAGUUCGGAUUAUGUGUUCUAUAGAUCGAAAGUCAUCUCUGUGGCUGAGGGGGGUUACUGGGGGCUGGGGAGGAGGGGAGGCGGUUCGUGCCGCCGUUACCCUCGCCGCGGAUGGGGAGAGGGGCAAGGACUUUCUAGGGAGGGAUUUGUUUGGGGUCUGCUUAGUGUUGGUGCACGAUGGUGGAGGUGGUGCUGUAUGUACAUGAUUUUCAUGAUGAAACAACAACACACGGCUUCUGACGAGUGCACUUUCACCUGUAUUAAAUACCUCAACAUUAGCAUUGAUUUCUCCUCCAUCACGAUAACCCCCAACAUCUCUAUAGUCUCUACGAUGCGCAACAACGCCUCCAGCCCUCCAGACACCACGACCCACAGCCCCCCAAUACACCCAGUCAUCCCGAGCACGAAAGCAGACAACAUAACGGUUAAUAAUUAA